CUCUCCUGCUGUUCGUUUCUGUUUUCCGUGGUCGUCCCUGAAGACCCAUUCGCCCUUUUAUUGGUGACGGAGUCACCACCAUGCAUUCAUUCGUUCCAUUUCUUUUCGCGGCACCCGUUGAUCCCAGCUGCACUAGGGAUCCCAGUAUCCGACUCUUCCAUUGAACGCCGAGAUUUCCCUAUUUUGAGUGGCUUAAUCCACACUGCGAGAGGCUUGAUAUAUCUUGGUCAAGGCAUCGUCCAGGAGCUUGCGCUGCUCGAAGCGAGUCUCCAGAAAGUAGUAGAUGGCAAAACAGAUCCUGUCCAGAAUCUGGACAGGGCACUCUCGUCGCUUGCUGCUACUCCAAACGCCAGUGACUAUAACGCUAUCGAAAUAGCCAUUUACAUAGUGUCAAAAGGGUUGGUACCUGCGAACAUAUUCAACAUCAUCCACGGUAUCACGGCCCAAGAUAUCAAUUCGGUCCACAACCACGGGAUCUACUACUAUUUCAGCUAUGAGAAGUUGCUUGCAGCAAGCGACUUUGCAGACCCAGUUUGGGUAAAUAUCCCAGGCAAUUCUCCUGGAGACGUUCAGACCAAUGCAGAGUAUGUCGCCUAUGCAAUCAAUUAUAUCUCGGGGAUUCCAAACAACUCCAAGAUCGGCGCGAUCUGUUGGUCCCAGGGUGGAUUGGAUUUUCAAUGA